UAAUGGGGCCCCCCGUGGGACAACAUCCCAAGGCCCCGCUGUUUCCUGACACAGCCGGCAGGCUGCUGUUAAUUGGAGCCUCUAGGAAAUGCUUCCUGGCCCUGGCCCUGGCCCUGGCCCUGGCCCUGCUGAAUCUAAUAGACUCUUCGAAUCUAGUGGGUAUUCCUUAGAACUCAGGGCUCGCCCAUCCCAGCGCCCAUUCCAGCUAUUCUGGAAGAUGUGGGUGUUCUGCUUAGGUUGUUCCACCCUAUCCCAAGUACUAGAGACCCGGAGGAAAGUCACUUGCCCUGAACUCUGAGCAGUGGUUCUCAGGGCUGGAGCUAGACCCAGGGUGUGAUCGAGAUAUGGCUUUGCGGGCUUAGUCAAAGCCUGUGCUGGCUUCCAGUAUGCAGUGUGCACCACACUGAUGGCGAGGGUCUCCGUCUGGUAGAGGGACAUAUCCGCUUGGCUUCGGAAGAGUGGCAGACCCCUCCCUGGCCAUCCCUCUUCCCCCCCCCCCCCAGUUGUGCUGGAUGGCGCGGGCGGGCAGGCAGGCUGGCUCUAGUUUAGGAACACAGGGGCUGGGCUAGUGGGGAAGCCCCGGGGCUAUGCGACCAGAGAGGCGCUCGCAGGGCCCGGGCGGUACAGACCGCAAUGGAGCCACGGGCGCGGGGCUGCGUGGUGGAGGUGAGUGGGGUCGCAGGAGGCCAGGAAACAGUCCAGAACCUGGCCUGCAGCCCUGGAGCUAAGCCUCGCGGGGAGGGUCUGGGGGAGCCUCUCAACUCCUACCUCCCCUGCGGGCUGGGUCGCCUUCACCGACGACCUAGUUAGAGGCUCGGGCGCGCCCUUCCGCUGAGAGGAAGCACAGACUCUCGGGGAAAGGGGUCUGGGGGCCUCCACUUCUCAGAAGGCAUGGCUGGGGGCAGGGUGACCGAGUCUCACCGGGUGGGGGGGAAGCUGGCAAGGGGCCUCCUCUGCUGCUCAUAAGCUGGUUUUGUAGACUGGGAGAGGGAAGCUGGUCCCACUCCCCUAACCCUGUUCUGACCAGGAGCCUGAGAAGUGACACACUCGGGCAAAUGCUAGGGCCUCAGGAACUGAGGAGAUGCCCAGGAGGGAGGGGUCCCCUCCUGGGGCAGCCACACCAGGGUCAGCUGCGCGUGUUCUCCAGCCUCUGUUCCUACCACUGCUGCUGCUGCUGCUGCUGCCUGGGGGCCGGGGCCAGGGCCAGGGCCAGGGCCAGGGUGGCACGCCUGGCAGAUGUGACUGUGCCAGUGAGUCACAGAAGAGGUAUGGCCCGUUUUGUUGCAGGGGCUGCCCAAAGGGACACUACAUGAAGGCCCCCUGCACAGAACCCUGUGGGGACUCUGUCUGCCUUCCCUGUCCCCAGGGCACCUUCUUGACCAGAGACGGCCACUUUAAGACUGAGUGUACCCGCUGCCAAGUCUGUGAUGAAGAGGCCCUUCAAGUGACCCUGGAGAAUUGCUCAGCCGAGGCGGACACCCACUGUGGCUGCCAGUCAGGCUGGUGUGCUGACUGCUCCACCGAGCCAUGUGGGAAAAGCUCACCUUUCUCUUGUGUCCCGUGCUCAGGCUAUGAGGCUACAACGCCCCGGCCCUGCCCGCCUGGCUUCUAUAGACAUGGCAACGGCUGCUCGACCUGUCCCACGAGCUUCAGCAGUCCCUGCCCAAAGGCUUGCACUGCUGUCUGUGGCUGGAAGCAGAGUACCGUUUCGUCAGUGUUUUGGGUCCAGGUGCUUCUAGGGGCCUUGUUCCUUCUUGGGGCUAUCCUGAUCUGUGCAUAUUGGCGAUGGCAGCCUUGUAAGCCUGUGGUCACUGCAGACACAGCUGGGACGGAGACCCUGGCCUCACCACAGACUACCCGUCUCUCAGCCUCAGACAGCGCCCACACCCUCCUGGCACCCGCAAGCAGUACUGGGAAAGUCUGCACCACCAUCCAGUUGGUAGGCAACAACUGGACCCCUGCCUUAUCCCAGACUCAGGAGGUGGUCAGCGGGCAGGCCUCCCAACCCUGGGAUCAGCUGCCAAACAGAAGUCUUGGACCUCCUCUGGCAUCUCCGCUCUCGCCAGCGCCCCCUGCGGGCUCUCCGGCUGCCGUGCUCCAGCCUGGCCCGCAGCUCUACGACGUGAUGGAUGCAGUCCCAGCACGCAGGUGGAAGGAAUUCGUGCGCACGCUGGGGCUGCGCGAAGCAGAGAUCGAGGCUGUGGAGGUGGAGAUCUGCCGCUUCCGAGACCAGCAGUAUGAGAUGCUCAAGCGCUGGCGUCAGCAGCAGCCUGCAGGCCUGGGCGCCAUCUAUGCAGCCCUGGAGCGCAUGGGGCUGGAAGGCUGCGCUGAGGACCUGCGCAGCCGCCUGCAGCGCGGCCCGUGAUGAGAGGCCCAUCAGCCACUCUGACACACUAGUGACCCUUGAAGGAGCCUUAAGUAUUGUUACUUACGCGUGUAGACAUUUUAUGUCACUUAACUAAUCCCCUGUCGUGGUCCUGCGUAGCAGGGCCUGCUUCGCCCUUGCUUAGCUGCUGCUGCACGGAGCUCCAGCUAAGGGAAGCGUCAUGGAGAAAUACCAGAAGGGGCCAAGUGAUUGGUUGUUCAGCUGUUAAUUAGCCCGAGUUUGGACUUGGUAUUAAAUUUCGUAAGAAAA